UUUCCAUUUUUCAUUUCCUCACGUAAAUUUAAAUUUUUCUCAAUUUCACUAUAUUCUUCCAAUAAAUCUUCCCAUAAACUCAGAUUAUCCCAAGACUCAUUUCUACAUGCUCCAUAUGCAAAUUCAUCAAUUUCUUCUUCUUCUUCCACAACGUUUUUCAUUUUCUUCCUUUCAUUCCCUUCUUCAUCCUCCCCAUCCCUUCCUCUUUUCCUCUCUACAUUGUCAUCCUCCUUCUCUUCUUCUACUUCCUUUUCUUUCCCUUUUUCCCCAACCUCUUCCACUUCCUCUUCUCCCUUCACUUUCUCAACACCUUCCAUUCCCUCCUUUUCCUUUCCUUCACAUAGAAUACCUUCUUCCAACUCUUCUUCAUCAAAAUUUAUUUCCUCAACUUCUUCCAUUGACUCAUCACUCCCUUCUUCACCAACUUCUUCAUCAGACUUUUUUACCUUCAUUUUUUCUUCAAAUUCUUCUUCUGUUAAUUAAAUAUUUAAUUAUUUUUUAA